AAAAAAAAUUAUAAGUAUUGUCUGGUGAUGCCUCUUGAAUAUACUAAAGUGCGUUUCCGAUUACUAUAUAUAGUUCGCAUUUAGUAAAGUUUCUCAAAGUAUCAUUUUGUUGUUCUUCGAGAAAAAUCAAAAUGAAACUAUUUGUCGCCUUCGCCGUCAUCAUCUUGAGCGCCAGUGCUUUGUCACUCAACGACCAUUGGGAAAACUUUAAGGUUAAACAUGGCAAAGCUUACAAAAACCCAAUCGAGGAAAGAGUCCGCUUCUCAGUUUUCCAAUCCAAUCUAAAACUCAUCAAUGAACACAAUGCAAAAUACGAGCAAGGACUUGUUGGUUACACAAUGGCAAUAAAUCAGUUCGCUGACAUAACUCCAGAAGAGUUCAAAGCCAAGCUAGGUAUGCAAGCAAAGAACAUCCCUAACAUCAAGAAAACUCCUCAUGUUCAAGAUGUAAAUGCUGAGGUUCCAGACUCCAUCGAUUGGAGACAAAAAGGUGCCGUAUUGGGAGUUAAAGACCAAGGAGACUGCGGAUCCUGCUGGGCAUUCAGUACUACUGAUUCUCUUGAAGGACAAAACUACAUCAUCAACGGUAAAUCAGUAGGUCUCAGUGAGCAGGAACUUUUGGAUUGUUCCUCAGACUACGGAAAUGGUGACUGUGAAGAAGGUGGUCUUAUGACCAACGCUUUCGAAUAUAUCGAGGACAACGGAAUCGAAUCUGAGUCUAGCUAUCCUUACACAGGCAGACAAGGAACCUGCAGAAGAAGUGCUAGCAAAUCCGAACUGAAGAUCAAAGGUUACAAAGAACCAGCAGAUAAUGAAGAAGCUUUGAGGCAAGCUGUUGGUACUGUUGGUCCCAUUUCUGCAGCCAUUUACGCCGAACCAAUCCAGUUCUACAACAGUGGUAUCUUUAACAGCAAACAGUGCGUGAACAAUGUCAACUACUUGGAUCACGGAAUCCUCGUCGUAGGUUACGGUGAAGAAAACAACACUCCCUACUGGAUUAUCAAGAACUCAUGGGGUGCAAGUUGGGGAGAACAAGGUUACUUCAGGCUGCAAAGAAACGCUAAAUUGUGCGGUUUGGCUUUGAUGACCAGCUAUCCAGUUUUGUAAGAAGCCAUUGGUUGAUUAAAUAAGAAAUUUAAUAACAAUGUGAACGUAAUUUAAAUAGAGAUUGUAAAAUCGUAAAAUAA